AAUCAUUCGUGACACUGAUGACUGGUGAAAAGUGGUCUCCCAACCAGUGUUUUGUUAUUAAAUUUGUAGUUUUUAUGUUAAUUUAUUCAAAUUAAUAUAAAUUAAACAGGAAGAAAAAGGAUCCAACUACGAUUUUUGAUUAUUGAAUAUUACAAAAAUGCGUUGGUACCAGGAAGGAAUCGCUGAAGCUAUUCAAGUAUCAAAGGCUAAGGGAGCAAUUUUUGUCAUCUAUAUUGAAGGCAAGGAUGAGAAAUCCCAAGCAUUAUCCAAUUUUAUAGAAACUGGUGAGGUAGAAAGUAGAUUGGAAAGCGAAAACUUUGUGGCUAUCAAAGUUGAGGCAGAUUCCGUUCCACACAAACAGUUUUGUGAAUUUUAUAAACAAACACCAGUACCCUCAAUAUACUUUAUUGGCGAGUUUGGUUAUCCACUGAAAAUAAUUACUGAUGCUUCUGAUGCCAGUGGUUUAUCGAAAGAGAUUGAUGAAGUACUAGUUUUAAGGACAAAUAAUGCUGGGGCACAAUCAUCUACACAAAAUUCUGCCUCAGCAUCACAAAACUUAAUAGCUUCUGAGCAAACUGAUCAGAAGCCCAGUGAUGUGGUUUGUGAAAAUGGAGUUUGCACAAUUAAAAGAAAUCCUGAACCGUUAAAACUUGAAGAACAAACGCCCGUUUCAUCGUCGGGCGAUCAAGAUUCGCUAACAGCAGAACAGAAGGUCGAAAGAGCAAAAAAGCUUAUGGAAAUGAGAAAGAUUGAGAAGGAAAGAGAAGAAAGAGAGCUAGAAAAAGAGAAGGAAUUGGAACGCCGUAAGGCAGGUCAGGCAAUACAAAAUAUGAAAAAGUGGCAGGAAGAUCAAGAGCUGAAGCAACUGAAAGAAGAGAGAGAAAAAGAAAAACGACUAGAAAGGGAGGCUAAGGAGAGAGUUUUGGCGCAAAUAGCUCAAGAUAAGGCCGAACGGGCAGCUAAGUUCCAACCCACUGCCUCUAGUACACCUACACUUAAAGAAAAUGAAAAGCCUGCUGCUGUUCCAUCAACAAGCAAAUCCGACUCUAACACAGCCCGUUUGCAAUUUAAAAUGCCAGACGGCACGUCAAAAACGCAAGACUUCCCAAGCACCGAUAAACUGCAAUCAGUAGUAAAUUUUGUUAAAGCCAAUUUUAAUUUGGCCGCUAAUAAAUUUACGUUAUCCACCACGUUUCCGAGGCGUCAAUUUGGCGACAAGGAUUUUACGGAAACCUUAGCGGACCUUCAGUUAACGCCUAAUGCAGUCAUACUGGUUCUUCCGUUGAACCGUGGAACCGUCUCGACAAGUCAAGGACCCGGUGGACUUUCUGGAUUCUUAUUUGCUUUAUUGGCACCAUUUAUUGGAAUAUUCAAUUUUAUUAAAUCAUUCCUGGGAUUUGGCGGAGAUGCGGGGCAUGUUAGUGGAGAUGAGCCAGGCACUAGCAGAGGAUAUACUGGAAGUGGAAAUAGAUCGAAUUCCGUCACCGAGGUCCGCUCUAAAUACGAUUUGGAAAGUCGUUUAAAGAACGCGGGGUCACGCCUGGUUGUCAUAGACUUCUUUGCCACAUGGUGCGGACCGUGCAGGAUGAUCGCUCCCGAACUAGAAAGCAUGGCCAAGGAAUUUUCCAAUGUCAUUUUCCUUAAAGUUGACGUCGAUAAAAAUAGCGACAUUUCAUCGGAGUAUGGCGUCACAGCGAUGCCCACCUUCGUUUUUAUUAAAAGUAGAAGGGAAGUGGCCAGAGAAAGAGGAGCGAACGCUUAUUCUUUGAGGUCCACUAUUCAAAGAUACAAGCAACCAUCAAAUGGACCGUCUUCAACUACCAACGAAACAAAGGCCUUUAAGAAGCAAGGAAACAUUCGACGUCUAACAGAUAUUAGAAAAGACGACGACGAGGACAAAACAUGGAACGGAAACUCUACUCAACAAAUGUAAAAACUUAUAUUUUAUUUAAUUUCAAGGAAACAAUAUUUAAUGUAUAUAAUACUUGCGAUAUUUGCCUACAAGAAAAUUUGGAAAAAAACGGGAAUAUUGAAAAAUAUCUUAAUUUUGCUUAGUAUACCUAUAAUUUAUCAGUAGGCAAAUGAUUUAAUAAUAGUAAAGGCAUACAUAUGUAACUAAUAAUGAUUAUACAAAUAAGAUUUUUUUUUCUAAAUGUUUUUAAUUUUGCCUUUAGAUGUCUCUAAUUUAUAUCAUAUUUUACUGAGGAAAUUUACCGUCAAGCUGUACUUGCAUAAUUUUAGUUUAGUCUAUAAAUAUGAUUUAUUCCAUAUCUUUGGGUGUAAUAUAUUGGUUUUAAUCGUU